GCGUGUGUGUGCGUGCGAGAAAGGGGCUGUGUGUAUGUGUGUGUGUGUGUGUGUGUGUCUUGAGGGGAGAGAGCGAACCAGUGCCAGAUGCCCUGGGCACUCGAGACAGAGCCGCUGCCCUGGCAUCUCCUCGCCGUGCCUGCCUAACAAAUGUGAUUCGAGGAGUAAGUGCAAAAAAUAGAAUAAUUGCAUACAAACACUACGCAAACACGAAAACCCGAUUUCAAAAAAGGGGGGAGACACCACCCCUCCCCCAGAAGUGGCAUUAUUCCCUUGAUCCCGCAGGUAUACGAAAUCCAGGAAGAGGGCCGCAGUUCGUGACCGCCAGGGCGUGAGCGUGAGGCUGAGGGAGGGCCCUUUGGCAUCGCGCAGGGCCACGGGCGGUGGUGUGAGUGGGGUUGUGAUGGUUCCUUCGCCGCCCGAAGCCUGGCCUUCUAUGGGUGGCGGAGGAGCAGUGGGUGGUUCCGUCAUGGCCGGUCUGGAAGCGACUCUCGGGGCCGCUGGAAACUCGGGCGGGGCAUUUCCAGGGAGUGCCGCCCCCGCCCAACUGCUGAACUGGGUCUACCUUACCCUGGCAGACCACCACAACCAGCAGGCGGCAGCAGCAGCGGCAGCUGCGGCAGCAGGGGGUCCUCCCCCCCAGCCUCCAAACCCCCCUCCAACACUCGAUACUUCUCAGAACAAGAUGUUAGCUGGCGGCUGGAACAACAUCAACAUGGGCGGGGGAUCCGGAGUGGGCGGCAUAGGCUCCCUCCCGCAGACGUCUUUGAACUCCCUAGCAGGCAGUGGGCUGGGAGGGCUGGGCGGGGGCAUCGCCGGCGGCAUGGGCGGAGGAAUGGGUGGCACUAUAGGUGGAAUAGGCGCCUUAGGAACCUCGGGAAUGAGCGGGUUGAACUCUCUCCUCGGGAGCAGCGGAGGCAUCAGUUCGGGUCUCCUGAGCGGGCUGACGGGGCUCACGCCCACCGACAUCUCGGCCUUGACCUCAUUGACCUCCCUUAACGGCCUCAACGGUGGCUUCAGCAACGGCCUCAAUGGCAUAAGCAGUCCGGUCAACAGCAGCAGCCUCAACGGAAGUAUAGGGGAGCUUGCGGACCAACUGAGCGAGCUAACACUGGGACUGGACAAGAAGGCCAAGGGGAGGAAACUCCCUCCCAAUUACCUGUGCCACCUGUGCUUCAAGAAGGGACACCACAUCAAGGAGUGCCCGCAGGCAAGACCCAAGGGAGAAGGACUGACGCCUUACCAGGGCAAGAAGCGAUGCUUCGGCGAGUUCCGAUGCACCAAGUGCAAGCGAAAAUGGAUGAGCGGCAACUCGUGGGCCAAUUGCGGACAAGAGUGCAUCAAAUGUCGAAUAAACGUCUAUCCUCACAAGCAGGUCCGUGCCAGCACCCUCUCCCCCCCUUCCAUAAGCCUGACGGGCUGGAUGUGUCCGACCAGUCGAAGGUACACCCUCAACACCUGUGCGAGAAGUGCAAGAGCCUGGGGUACUACUGCAGGAGAGUCAAUUAGAAGUCACUUAGAAGAUUCGUCAGCAGGAGGAGCUAGUGCGGGAAAUGAUGGGCUCGAGAGUCUAGGUAAGAAUGUAGAGUUCCAAGAUGCAGUGGCCGUCCAGAACAGAGGUUUCAUACCUGAGGAAUUGGACCUCUUCGCCGUGGACAGUUGGGUCACAGCAAAAGCGUUAGAAACCAUGACAAGAUGGUCAGAGAACCAUUUGGGAAAAAUCGACCGUUCUGUUACAUCGUCAGUUAGGGAUGCAAAGUAUUCCAGUCCAAAUAUAUUAGCUUCCUACCCUAUCCAGAGUUCCUUGGAUAGAGCUGGAAGCCUUCAAGAUGAGGUACUUCUUACCCCGGCUGAUACACUCCAGCAGACCGCUGCAACUUGUCCGUAUCCAACUGCAGGUUCUUCAAGAUUCCAGGACCCUACCUUCGACCUAUUGCACUAGUAAGGUUUCAAACGAAUAUAUUUUUCACUUACGACAUGUCUUCAGUUAAAACAACGACCAAUCACCGAAGUUGGAGAAAACUAUAAAAUCUCUUUCGACAAGGCAGCUCACAAAAGAGAAAUCCCUACUUUUUAUUUUAGCCUUUAGAACUGUUUUCAUGACCCACAGCAGGUUUUAGAUUUUUUUUCUUUUUUUUUUUUUUUUUUUGGCGAACAGGGUGAGGGUUCUGCGCAGCUGCUGCGGGCGGCCUGACGCCCUCAAUCCAUUUGCUUGUAUGAAGAAAGAAGCCUCUUGUAAAAGAACGCUUUCUUUGGCAAUUUCCUGUCGUGGGUCAUUAGUCCAAAUAGCUACGUAGCUAAACUGCAGUCCUUCUAUGUAACUUAUCUUAAGGGAAUCCCGAGUUUAGUUUUAUUAGAGUACGUAACCAUCAUAAUAUUAUUUAUUGACGAAGCAAAUUUCUCCGUCUGUCUAUCUGUCUGUUGUCUCUCCAUCUCUCUUACCAUUUUUAUCGGUUGUCUUGUUGUAACACUUUUUCUUUUUUUAGGUUUCAGUGUCCAUCUGAAAAUGACUUAUGUUGUCUUUUAUAAGAUAUGUCCUUUUUUCUCUCUCUCUCUCUUGCGAAGAUUUAUUAUGCACAAGCUGCAUUAGGAUUGGCAGAAUCACUCAUGACAGGUUUAAGUAUACCUCGUAUUUUAUCAUUAUAUCAUAUAUAUAUAUAUUUGUAUAACAUAUAUGCUUUGUAUAUUAGUCACAACUAAUAAAUUAACUAGGUACUUAGUGUGGCCUUUCCCGAGCUGAUUGAGAAUGUAAUGUAUAUUAUAUAAUUCCUUUGAUUAUGAUCACGCAUUUGAUAUGAAUAUAUUGCUGUUUUGGAAGUAUACUUUUUUCCAUUUCCUAAAGAGUUAGUCGCGUAAGAUUUUCUGUUCUUUUUUUUAAAAGAGGAAUUCAUGGUAGUCAGCCCAAGAAAACUGAUGUUCAUUUUCUUCCAACUCAAAGUCCACCAACUUGCAUUUCCUAAUUUUCCUAAUGUUGUUCCCGUGAAUUGGGGUUUGCCAUAAUCGGUGUCUUUGUAAGGACUUGCUUUCGUUGACUUCUUGUUAGACUUACGGGAUCUUUCCGAGACAGUGACCUCCAAGUGUUUUAACCCGGUAUGUAUCCACCUUUUUGUUUAAGCCCGUUGGGCAUGACCGUAAAAACAUAAAACUAAUGACUGUAAGAUAACGACCCCAGAACUUUGCUGGGGAGUCACUAUCCAGGAAAGAUCCGAAUUACGUUUAUAGUCUUGUAUUCUUCGACGACUUAAAAAAAUUACUUAUUUUUUGGUGUAUGUAUUUCGUGUUUUAUUUACUUGAUUUUGUUUUUUCUUUUUCUUUGGCCACUGGGAUUGACCCUUGGCACGGCUGAAAAUGGUGCUAUUAGCUUUAAGUCAAGGAAUUAUAGGGGGAUUUUAUUAUUUUUUUUUAUCUAAAGAGGGAUUUCUAAGCACUUCCUAGUGCAACUGUUAUAGGUAGUUUGUUUCAUUUCUCAUGCUGGGAUUUAUGAAAUAAAGGAAAAGAAAACCGCAAGGUUGUCCUUAAAUUUCAAAAUUGUCGGUUGAGAAAAUAUCAGAGUUGCAUAAUUUCUCCGUAAUAGAAUCAAUUGGAAUUUGCCCGAUUUGUUUUCAUGCUCGCUAUACACACACACACACACACACACACAUAUAU